GGGCUGCGCGGCCGCCGGACCCAUGUCGGGCUGCGCGUUCCCAGGAUGCUCCUCCCCCGCCAGCGCACUGGGGCUCACGGGCUCCGUGUCCGGGGGCAGGGAGGCCGCGGCGGAGGGGCCGCGGGGCCGCCGCCAGCAGCGCCGGCGGGCGGAGCGGGAGCAGCAGCAGCAGGAGGAGGAGGAGGAAGAGGAGAAGGAGGAGACUGAAGACAGGCAGGCCGCUGAGAUGAGCAGGAGGAAUGUGCCUCAGAGGUAAAGAUGAGGAAUAUGCUCUUGAAAAGAGGGUGACUGCACCUGAAGGCACUGCUCAGAAGAGGAAGGUGUAUGCUAAUGACCGAGUAAGUCUUUUGAAGAUUCAGUUUGUAGCACUCCAGGCAAUACUGAACCACAGACUGAAAUGAAUUCUGUAGUGAAAUGCAUUUAGAAACUUGGCUACAGCCAAUCAGAUUAGAUGUUAAAAAAAAGUUGCAAAAAAACCUCAACAUUGGAAUGAAAAGACAGAGUGAUCAGUAUUCAAUGGGAAAGCAGAAAGGUAUGAGACUUCAGGAGGAAAAGCCGAAGUUCUGCUUUUCUCAUGCCUAAAUUCAAGAAGCAGCAGGAAGAAAUGCAGCCGUGGAGGGAAAGAAAGGUAAGUGUGAAAGUCAUCAGCACUGAGGAGAGGAGCAAAGUCACCCAGAGGCCAGGGCAGAGGGUGGAGGGAGAAUCAGCAGCUCACCAAAGCCAGAAACCAGCAGAGUGAGUUUUCCUUGUGUUUGCAUAAGCUAGCACCUGUGUUGCUUGCAGCUGGAGGAGCCCUGUGGGGGGUGGGAGACCUCCUUCCCCUGGGAAACAGGAGUGUUGCUGUUUUACAUAUGAACGAGGCCUGAUGACAGAAAAUGACUCCAGUCGUAUGCUAAUAGUGCAGCGUUUGCGGCUGAUACUAUUGAAAGUGACAUUUCCGGUGGGGAAGGACCCACAGUUUUUUAUUUCCCUGCAGGAUCUCCACUAAUCUCCGUUAUAUUAUCACACUUAGAGCACACUGCUUCCCUCAAGUGGGCCUGAGAGGAGGGUGAUACAUGGACCUGAUAUGAAAUGCCUUUUCCAUCUAGUUGUGCAGUGUUUGGUUUUCUAGAGUGAACAUGUUGCUGUGGAGUUUCUUGUCCCAAAUUUGGAAUGAUGUGUUAAUAAAUUAUAAAACUGCUA